AUGGCGCUCACCCACGAAAUGCAAAGCUGCAAAGAUCGACGGCCAGAGUGCGCAAGAGGUUCCGUGAGCCCUGAGGCUGCCACCGCAAGCGCCGCCAGCCAGGAAGAACCGUGCUCGCCAGAGCUGGAUGUGAAAACUCUGAACGGCAAACAGAUGCGCCGGUACCAAUGCCCAUUCUGCCAGCAACCUGCGGGGCAAGCGUUUAUUCAGAAAAGGUCGACGAACGAAUCCAAAUCAAGCACAAAAACAGUGCCGGACGCACAUGCCGCCGGGACAAACGGUGCACGAAAUCCGGUCGACGACGCCAGGACCGCAGGUUUGUGGCAGUUGAAGAUUUCUGGAGGGAAACAGUUGGCCGUGGCGCAGAAGCGCGGGCUGUUCUCGGGGAAUCCACUGCAUGUGAUCGACGAGGCCGUGGAGACCGCAUCCACUGCGGCCAACACGGCAGCUUCAAUCGCCAGAAUGUUCAUGGCAACGAAAUUGGUGGAGGCAAAACGCUUCACCCCUGAACUGAGCAAAGAAGCUCAGACCAAGCUAAAAGCCUUCCAGUCCGACUUGGAGACUCACACCAAGAGGUUAAAUGAGCUCAAAAAGGCGACUGCAGAGCGGAAAAAGGCAGUGACUGUCAGAGAGGCUGAGCAUGAAGUGAAGAAGGCAGAGGAGCUCGGCAAGGCCGUGGCAGAGGCAGCCAAGGCGCUGAUGGACGACGAGAAAUUGACACAGCUCAGCUCUGAGGCAGCCUCCGAUGGUGUCUUUGGGAGUCACCAGGAGAUUCGGGCUGCAUCGGAAGCGACCAUCAAGGCCGAACAGGCUGCCAGCAAUCAUCUCACCGAGACCAGGAAGUACAUCACCGCCAGGCAGAUUGAAGCGAAAGGUCGAGAAGCCUCUUCUGAACUCAGCAGUGAACUCAUCAAGUACGAGGCCCGACUGCGCGUUGCAGGGGGCCACAGCUCGCCGGGGCCAUUGGGCGAUGUUACGGGGCCAGAUCCCGAUUGCAAGUACAAAAAAGUAUCCGCUUCGGUGGACUCUCGCUUGAAAGCCAAGAAGAGCGUGGAGGAUUGCAACUCCAAGGUCAAAGCGGUUGAGCAGAAGUUCGAGAAACUCACUGAGCUGGCUGAUGCCAUCGACCAUCCCAAGGAAGAUACUGAAGCCAAGGAUGAGGCCAAGGAUGGUGAGGCCAAGGAUGAGGCCAAGGAUGGUGAGGGCAAGGAUGGUGAGGCUAAGGAUGGUGAGACCAAGGACGGUGAGACCAAGGAUGGUGAGGGUGCAAACAACAACCGCAAGUUGACCAGUAAAGAGAAGGUCCAGAAAGCCCUAAAGGAGGCCGAGGCAGCUGCGGCAGAAGUGCAGGCAGCCAUCAAAUCGGCGGCGCGAUUCAUCGACAUGCAGAUCAAGGUCACACCGGCAGCGGCCAAGGAAGUGGAAAAGCUGAAGCCUCGCCUGGACGAGCUGCAAGAAACCUUGGAUAAGACCGUGUCGGGCAUGCGUGAGCGUUCCGAGAAGGUGUUGGUGGACAGCAUCGUGAAGGACUCUGCCAGCCGCGUCAAUGACGUGGAUGAGGCCAUCAAAAAGAUGCAAAAGGCUGAGGAGCCCUUCAAUGGCGACAUUGAACCAGAGAAGGUCUCUGAGAACCUUUCCAACUUGGAAUUGGCCACCCAGGCGGCCACUCAGGCCUUGAGUGGCGCCAAAACCUUCGUGGGCGUGAAAAAAUUGGCUUGCAAACGUCUGGCGGAAGGCUCUAAAAAAUCUGCGGAGGAGCAGCUCAGUAGCGUCGUUGCAAGAUUGGAUGAACUCGCAAAAACUCUUGCAGCAAGCAAGAAAGCCAUGCAAGAAAGGAAGCAGGACCUGGUGAAGAAAGAAGUGGAAGGAAAGGUCUUGGAGGCAGAGAAGAAGUUGCAAGCUUCGGAGGAGGCGAUGAAAGCCUUGGCGGAAUUUGAUACGCCUGCGCCUACGGAAGGUGAGGAAUCGAAGGCGGAAGGAGCCGAAGGAGCCGAAGGAGCCGAAGGAGCCGAAGGAGCCGAAGGAACGAAGGUGCCAGUGGCACCAGCUGUGUUGAGGCCGGAUGAGAUGAAAUCUGCGUGCGAAAAGGCGGGUAACGCGCAGAUGGAGGCGCGACAGGUGGUCGUAGCGGCGCAGAAGUUGUUGCUGUCCAGGCAGAAGGAUGCCAAGAACGGAAGUGGCUCUCCAAGUGUCUUGGAGGAGAUCAAUCGACAGCUGGAGCAGUUGUCCAAGUUUCUGGCCUCGCUGGACAAACACCGCGCUGCGGUCAAAGAGCAGGAGCACAAGUUUGUGGCUCAGCGGCUGCUGAAAGACGGUUCCGACCAGAUUGCCCAACUGGAGAAGAUGUUUGAAGCGACUACUGAGAGAGCUGCGCUCUUGACAGAGGACGGUGGAAUGAGCGGCGUUGUCUUCCUGUCUCACGCGGUGGACUGCUUGAAAGGCAUGAUGAAGAAAUCCUCAAAGACUCCAAAGGAGCUCUUUGCGGAGCUGAGCGGCGGCAAAGAGGAGAUGCCGGAGGCUGCCUUCUUGGCCACGCUGAAGUCCUUGGAGGAGACUGCUCCAGAUGAGAUGACGCUCUCGGAGGAGCAGAUCCAGUUGGCCUUCAAGCGCUUGAGUGGUGGCAAGGAGGGCGUCUCGGAAUCCACCUUCCUGGACGAGUUCCGAAUCCGCUACUUCUGCACCACUACGGUGACCAUGACGGACGGCCUCGUCAUCAAGGGGGGCAAAACGGUUCGGAAGGUCGAUGUGAACGAAAUCCUGGAAGGAUUAGAAGAGCAAAUCAAGGAGGAGAAUUUGGGACUGAUGAGAGUGAAGGUGAAGGCCGAGAAGGAUGGCAAAGAAGGAUAUGUGACAGUUGCUGGGAACCAGGGCACUGUGUUUCUAGAGAACUACACAGCUUAUGCCGCCUUCCAAAAGAGCCUCGAGUCGGACCUGAAGAUGCUACAGGAGGCUACCAAGGAGGCGACGAAAUACAUCGACGCCAAGGUGGAAGAACUGCGGCAAGUUCGCGUGGGUCCGCUGUUUGAGACCAAGAGUGAUUUGGCAAAGAUGAAGCCCCGGGUGUUGAAGGUGCAGCAGGGUUAUUCGGACCUGAAGAAGAAAGUCACGCAGGCAGAGAUGAAGCUGAACGCUGCCAUGGAAGACGAGAAGAAGCGAAGGCUUGAAGCCGCUGACAGAAAAGCAGCUGCAGAUUUGGUGGAGGACGUGGUGAAGAUGGCUGGCGUGGAAGAGGAGAAACUCUCCAAGGUCUACCCCCAAGGGGAGCAGUUGCUCCAAAACCUGGGAGGUGAUGAAAAUCCUCUUGCUGCCAUCGAGAGCCUCCAAAAAGAUCUGGCCUCGUCCCAGGAGUCUCUGAGUUUGACCACUGGGAAGAUUCGGGAGAAGAUGGAGAGCAUCAAAGGUCAGACGGGCAAGGGCCCCUUGAGCGAAGCGAGAAAUAGUUUGGUGAAACUCAAGGUCAAGGUGGGGGCCAUGGAGAACCGCUGCAAGAAGCUGUCGCAGCAGUUGCGCAGUGCCAGGGCAGACAUGUCGCUCCAGGCAGAAGAAGCCUUACUGAAGACCUUGAGGAUCUUUGCCAGAAAAGAGGGCUUGAAAGCAGAUGAGCUUUUCAAGAAGCUGAGCAAAGGGGAAUCAGCCAUUAAGCCCGAACACCUGAGAGAGCUCGUGGAAAAAAUCCCUGACGCCCAACUGAAGGCCCCACAGCUGGACCUGGCCUUGGACCGCUUUUCGGCGGGGCUCUCGAAGUUGGCCGUCUUAGAACUGGCGCAGGAGUUUCAGAAGUGCGUCAAAGAGGUCGCACUGACGACGUCCUUAGAAGUGAAAGAUGGAAAGACGGUGAGAAAACUGCUCAAGGGCGAGGUGCUGGAGGUGCUGGAGGUAGGUCGGGUGGACACUGCCACCGGGUUGUCCAGACUCCAGUGUCGUGCCAUCAUCGAUCAGAAGGAGGGCUGGGUGACCUCGCAGGGCAAUGCUGGAAGCAGCUUCCUGUCAAAUUGUAGAAAACCCUACUUCUGCUUUGAUGAGGAGUCCAGCCUGACAGCGAAGUUCGAAUCCGACAGUGAAAAACUGAAGGAUCUGCAACCUGGCAAUGUCUUGGAAUUGCUGGAAGGACCUCGCAAGGAGGAGCCACCUGAGGUCCUGCGAAUGCGCGGGAAGACCAGCAAGGAUGGUAAAAAUGGCUGGGUAACCUUCAGAGAAGCGUCGGGACAGGAGUGCUUUAAAUUGGCCAAACUUCUGGUGUGCAAGCAAAGCAUUGCCCUCACAACCUCCUUCGACAUCACCGCGGGCAAGGCGUUGAGAAAGUUGGAUGUGGGAGAGGCUUUAGACCUCCUUGAGGGCCCCAAUGAGGACUCCGCCAGAAGUCUCAGCCGUGUGAAGGUGCUGGCCAAGAAAGAUGGCAAGGAGGGCUGGGUGACGGUCAAAGGGAAUCAGGGUACCUCCUACACAGAGGAGUCUGAUAAGCACUACGUUUGCAUUCGAAGCGUUUCGCUCGAAAGUAAAUUUCCAUCAGGCAGCACUGAAGUCAGACGGAUAGAGGAAGAGGAGGUCUUUGAGGUGCUUGGGCUGUUAUUUGUCGAGACAGCCAUGGGCUUGGAGUUGUGGAAUUCGUCGGCAUUGGAUGCCACCAUGGAGAUGCGUGAAACCAGGGCCGCUUUGCUGAAGCUUUUGCUCAAAGUUAGCUUAAGAAAUGAGGAAGACAUGUCCGGGGCGGCAGCAGGGCAACAGCAUCUCUUCCUCAACAGUGAUCUCGAGAUGCUAUCAGAUCCACAAGACACGGAGUCAACACACGUGAACCUCAACUUUUGUGGGCCAUGCAGAUCGAUUCCAAAGGUCCCCAUAGAGCGGCUCGUACGCGAGGAGGGAUUGUAUCGGCCGAUGCCUUUGAUUUUGCUCGCACUGCUUGGUGCACUGCUGAAUGUUGCAUGUGCUAACCUUCGGUGGAUCACCAGCCCAGUCAUCCGCUGGGUGGUGCCCGAAGGGCCUGUGACAGCGAUCAGCUCAUUGGACCACGACUUAAAAACGGUGUGCGAAACGCUGAUCACCGUCGCAGCAGAUGGAGAAUGGCUGGCCACGGGCGGUGGCACUCAGGCGUCCAUUUGGCGCAUGCCCAACUGUACAGUGAGCUCGUUGGAAGCCGGAUGCGACGAAGAGGAGAGACCCUUGCAUCGCUUGAAUUUCACGGCAGAGGUGAGGCAACUUCAGGCCCUAGAUGAUGGUGUUUUGGUGGUCGUGGCCGGGGGCAACGUCACCCUGUGGAACUCCGACGCGUUCAACGUGUUGGGGUCGCUGCCGCAUUCCAGCAACGUUGUGGCCAUGGACGUGGAGUAUGACUGGAUCUUCACCGGAACCGAAGAUGGCAACAUCAGCAUGUGGUACUCGCCCGGCAUCUCAGAGGAACGACAGGUGCACCUUUUGCGCUGGACCUAUUCCAUCUCGUAUGCUCUUCCAGAACUGGAGUACGAGAUCACGGCCUUGUCCUUAUGCGUGGGCGAACGUUUUCUAUCUGUGGGGGUCUGGGAGCCCUUGACUCUGACUGGCAGAGUACUGGUGUGGAACACAUACUUUGACAGGAUGCCCUCAGAUCUGACUCGCUCCUACGCUUUUAUCUCACGCAUCCUGUCCAUUCAAUUCGCCCCCCAAUCCUCUUAUCUGCUGACGGGUACAGAGGCUGGAAUCAUCUCAUCUUGGCGACAUGGAGAAUCCUCAGAUGUGCCUUAUGCCACAAGGACUUCAGGUUGGCCAGUGAGACUUAUCCAAUUCUCUCCGAAUGGCAACUGGCUGGUGGGUGGAGAUGGAGAGGGCCAUGCCAAGCUCUGGCUGAGCACCAGCCUUUUCCAGGGCGAUUUCCUGGCAGCCUCGAUGACCUUGGAAGGUGGAGGGAUUGCGGCGAUGUCAGCAGAUUCAGGAUUUCUUCUGAUGAGCAGAGGUUGCGAGUCGCAGAUGCAGCAGGUCUACGCAUGGCCCUUGGACCUGCGCGGCCAUGCCAUUAGCUACGGCUUCGCGGACAGUCCCAAUGGCAACCGAGAUUUGAUGCUCUCACCCAACGGGCAGUACCUGUCCUUUGGCUCCACUUGGCUCCCAAAGUUGGUUGGUUUCUGA